UGCAGUCAGCAGAAGCCUGGUUUUCCUCCCGUGUAAAUGGGAGCUUUCUUGAAACUUGGAGCCCAGAGAGGAUCCUAAUUCCUUUAAAACUUUGUUUUCAGGUAAUUUUCCCAAGAACCACUUACUUCCAGAGGAUCCGUGGCAUCUGAUUUGAAGACUGGCCAUGUCAUCCGGCAUUCAGAGUUGGAUUCCCGGUCCGGAGGAUAACGGUAGGGAGAAGCUGCGCAAAAGUCUUGUGCAUAUUGAUUCAAACCUUGAAGACCUAGAGGUGCAAAAAUUGAAGUUUCUCUGCCGAGACUUCGUCCCCAACAGGAAGCUGGAGAAGGCCAGCUCGGCCUUGGAUAUUUUUGACCAUCUCAUUAACGAGGAGCGGCUGAGUGAGGAAGACCCCUUCCUCCUGGCGGAACUCCUCUACAUCAUGAAGCAGAACUUGCUGCUGAAGUACCUCAGCUACACCAAAGAGCAAGUGAAGGAUCUGCUGCCCUCCCGGAAGCAGGUCUCCCCGUUCAGAAACCUGCUCUUUGAACUGUCAGAAGACAUCGACUCAGAGAGCUUGAAGGGCAUGAUCUUCAUUCUGAAGGACUCCUUGCCGAAAGUCGAGACGCCGACCUCUCUAAGUUUCCUGGAACAUCUGGAGAAACAAGCUAAAAUAGAUGCAGAUAAUCUGAUCUUACUGGAGGAUCUCUGCAACACUUUUGCACCUCAUCUUAUGAGAAAGAUAGAAAAAUAUAAAAGAGAGAAAGAAGCUGAGCAAAAGGAGAAAGAACUACUUUCUGCUUCAAGCAUUAAUCAAAUCCGUCAAGCCUUACCAGCAAGUUCAUCGGAGGAAACUGUGUACAGGAUGGAUCGUAAACAUAGAGGCUACUGUGUUGUUAUCAACAACCAGAACUUUACCUCACUGUCAGAAAGAAAAGGGACCGAUAAAGACGCUGAGUGCCUGAAGCAUGUGUUCCAGUGGCUUGGGUUCAACGUAGAUAUGCGGGUUGAUGUAACUAAAGAACGGCUGGACGAAGUUCUGCAAAAAUAUAAGAGCCAUCCAGAUCAUGCCGACGGAGACUGCUUUGUGUUCUGUUUUCUGACCCACGGGCAAUUUGGAGCUGUCUACUCUUCAGACCAGGCCCUCAUUCCCAUCCGGGAGAUCAUGGCUCACUUCACGGCCCAGCAGUGCCCUGGUCUGGCUAACAAACCCAAACUCUUUUUCAUCCAGGCCUGUCAAGGAGGAGAGAUACAAUCUUCUGUGUCCAUUGAAGCAGAUGCUGUAAAUCCUGAGUUAGUAGAGCCUCCCCUUCAGGAAAGUGUUCCUGUGGAAGCAGAUUUCCUUCUUGGCCUGUCCACUGUCCCCGGCUACGUAUCUUUUCGUCACAAGACAGAAGGGAGCUGGUAUAUUCAAUCUCUGUAUAACUAUUUGAAGGAAUUGGUCCCAAGACAUGAAGAUAUCUUAUCCAUCCUCACUGCUGUCAAUAAUGAUGUGAGUCGACGAGGUGUAACGAAGAAACAGAUCCCUCAACCUUAUUUCACACUACGUAAAAAAGUCAUAUUCCCUGUGCCCCUGCGGGAACCUCCGAAGAGGGUUUUCACUGACUCUUAGACUUGAAAGGAACCUUCUCUUCCAACUUCCCACCCAGCAUAGGAAUCAGUGACAGAUGGUGAACUGGCCUUCGUCUGUCACUCUAGCAAUAAGAAAUGUUCUACUUUCUGACACAGUAAAUUCUGUGUCCCCCCCUUCCCCUUUUAAACAAAUCUAAAUGCUACAAAACUUUUUUCUUUUUAAUUAUUGAUGCCUUGGGUUAUAAUCUUGGCUUUUGCUCUGCACCCUGAGAAAAAAGCAAUUGACUUUGGUUUGUGUAGCUGUAAAGGAAAAGGUGGAACGAGGACAUUUUAAGGUUCCCUUUCGCUCUAGGAACCAAUGUCCUUAGAUUUCCCCUCUCCUUGACAACUCCUUGUUAUAAGGGACCACUCCUGUGUCCCCUCCCCAUGGCCCUGUUUUGGACAUUGACCCAUGAUGAGAUCACAAGAUCAUGGUUUCCAACCCUCCCUCUGCUCUUGCCAUCCCAAAGCUUUCCUUCUGCACACCUCCUGGAGGGAACCUUUGGUUUACAGCCAUGCCCUCCUGCUUCCGUGUUCAGGAAGGUGUUGCUGCAGGAACUGGGCUGGCUCUAGGAAAUGACACGCUCAGCUACUCCGGGAGCGAAACUUUACAACCUGAUGCUACUUCCCUGUCGGUCAGGACCUUGCAGAGGCUGGUGACAGAACACUCAACGCAGACCGAGGAAAGCAAAGGACUUGUUGCCUCUGCCACUUGAACACAUGAUGCGUGGUGCUGACUUCCGGGGAGGCCUGAGUCAGGACUCUGGGGUACAGCGUGUGUCUCCCGGCUUGGGGGU